CUUUCAUCGUCUUCUUCUUCUUCUGCAAAUUACAACUCUCCAGAUUCGCGGAGGAGAAGGUCUAGGGUUUCUCAAAUCGCCAAAUCACAGAAUGGAGCCUUUCCACCACCACCAUCACCAGCAGAGGUACGUCCAUUACCCUCCCAACUUUCCCGAUUCCCCGAAUUGCUUUCCUCACCCGCCGCCGCCGCCGCCUCAUCCCAGUCAUCAGCCGCCACUGCCUCCUCCUAACCGUUACCACCAUGGCCUUCCUCCACCUCCCCCUCCCCCUCCCAAUCAAUUCGCCUUCCGUUCAUACCCCCACCAAGAAAACCCCCAAUUCUUCGAUUCCCCUAUGCGAACCCUAGAGCCCUGGUCCGACGUAGGCUCCAAGUUUCAACUUCAUCAACCUCAUCAUCACCACCAAGACCCUUUUUUGCCUCCCCUCAAGGAACACAAUGGGGGUUAUCGGUUCACGAGAGAUGAUUAUGUUGCAAAUAAUGGGUUCAGAGAUAAUGACGAAAGGAAAUGGGACAGAAAAGAUAGAGAUUUCUAUUUACAUGAUCAUGUCGAUAAGUUCAGAUUCAAUUCGGAGAGGUCAAUCCAACAUAGACUUGAUUACAGGAAGGACAGAGAUGAAGAGCCAAGAAGGGGCUAUCGUGAUGUUAAUGAUGAUGUUAGGCAAUCCUCGUCUAGGAGGUUUUCUUCUGAUAAUAAUUAUGCUUUUGACCCGAAGAGGCUUAGCAAUAGGGCGGGAGAGAGUAUAGAAGAAUUCCAUAGGUCACCUAAGAAAAAGCACUUCCAGAAAAAGAUUGCACCCAUUAGGACUCAAUUAGGAAAGACUAACAAUAAGACUAGAAAUCAGGACUUGCAUUUCUCAAGUGGGCUCGUGGAUAAUUUGAGUGUAGCUGGAUCAAGGGGAAAGGAGAAAGAUGGUAAUGCCCGGUCUGGUGAAAGGGGAGAGGAAAGGGAGAACAGUCCAGUGGAGCUUGAUGUUUCGUUUAAAUCUAAUGCACUUGUGGCAAAGGCUAUUGUGGCUCCCUCCCGCCCAGCAGCUGAAUCUGAUAAAAAGAGUGUGGAUAGAGUUCAUGAGAUUAAGAAACUUAAGAUGUCUGACUCUCCACCAACCAAGGCGUUUAAAGACUUUCAGAAUUGUGAACAUCCAGCAAAUGGGUCAGAUUGUCCUUCACUGUUUGAGAAAGGUUCUACAGAGUUGGUGGGUAAUGUUUCUGGAAGUGAGAAGGCAACUGAUGGUGUCAGCAAUGCUUGUACUCCUACUAAGAAUUGUGGUUUGAAUCAGGGAGCCGAUGGUACCCAAAAUGAUGAAGCCUCUUUAAGAAAAAUUGUGCAGGAAAAGAAUGUUAUGGCCUCCACUUCGGAUGAAAACAGCUUGAUGCAAAAUGGGGUUAGUGAUAGUCCUGUCAUUAGUGCAGACAAAUUGGUAAAUAAGUUUUCAGUCUCUGAACUGGAUGAGAAUGCCACAGGUGCAGAGGAGAGAAUUUUGUCUGCUGGCAUGAAUGAAGACUGUAACUAUUCUUCAGCGCACCAUUCCAUUGAAGAACUAGACGCUAACAAGAUUUGUGAACCUUCAGUGCCCGUUGACUCUGGUACAGAUGAUUCUAAGAAUGACUCUAGUACCCCAUUUAAGUCAAAGAGAAAAAGGACUUGUUUGUCUGUGAUUCCUGUUUCUGAAAGCCAAGUGGAUACUAAGAUUAAAGAACACUCUGUUUCUGAGAGCAAAUUGCUUGAAAACAGAUCUGUGUUCAAUUCCGAGAAAUUUACAAUUGAUCCGCCGAAGACAGAAACUGGCCCCAUCAUUGAUAAAGAUGCUAGAGAGCACGGUUUUCAGGAUCAGACUUCAAUGAUUAAAACAAGUCUUGUUCAAGAGUCUGAUGUGUAUAUGGUUUCAAUAAAAAAUAAUGGUCACAUGUGUUCACCAAGCUCAGAGGAAGGUGUUAUUCAUGGCGACACAAGCAUAUAUUCUUUAACUGAAGAUGUGUGUGCUGCUCCAGAGACCCUUGUGAGAUUUUCUGAACAAACAGAAAAUGUUGCUGCCGAGGUGGGAUGUCUGCAUGAAGAUUCCAAGCACUUUGACAAAAGUUUGACUAUUCCUCAUACAGAUGACAUGCACAAAGGUCCUCAGGAUAGCAUUCUGUCGGUCAGAGAUGUUACUAAAGUUGGUUCACCAAAUACUGAGGAAGUUUUAAUUCAUCAAGGCUUAUUAUGUGCAAGCUGUUCCAACUCUUGCUCCACUACCAGAGUGUAUUCUGAUACUGUUUGUUCUUGUAUGGACAAUAAAGCUCUUUCUCAAAGUUGUUCCCCCAUUAAUAUUGUUGGAGAAGCACGCCCCCAUUGCAAUGGCUCUCCAGCCCCUUUGGUUGGUGGUGAGGAUUGUCAUGACUUAUGUUUGGGCAAGGAAUAUUUACCUGAGGCUAAAAGGAAGAGGAAAGCAUUGGGUAUUCUGUCAACCUCUUCCAGUCAGGUGACAAGUGAUGAACUUAUGCAUUCUUGUAGCUCUGUGGACUUGAGUUUGGACGUGAAUAGAGACAACUCUUUGUAUGGAGGCCAGUCACAUCAAGGGCUUCCAUGGAAUGAUUCGGAAACUGAUUCAGCUGUAACUUCUCCCAGGAAUUCGAAGAAAAGGAAGAUCUCCUCUCCUACACAUGGUCACCCCAGUACAUGUUUCGAGGUACUUGAUGAAGCUAGUAUAUCAGCACCAGUGCUUUCAGAUGGUGACAAUGGUAUAACACACACAAUUUCUCUAGUAGUAGAAAAUGGUAGUGAUGCUCUGCCACCUUGUACAAGGCCAAUAAUCAAUUUACACGAGAAGAAUAGUACCAGAGCAUCAUUACAGGCUGACACUACGCAGGUUGAUCUUUCAGAGGCAUUGUCAGGAUUUGAGCAGGUGCCAUCUUUCUUUCAUAUGGGAGUUGGUGAAAAAGAAGCUACUUCAUUUGUGUCAGUUAGCAAUGAUCAGAAUUGUACUCUGGACAGUGUGAGCAGGAUAUGUGAGCAAACUUCUUUGAAUGAUAUGGCAUCAACUAUAGAAGAUGGUGAAUGUUGUGAUGGUUUACCUACUUCGAACUUCAGUGCUGAAAUAAAAAGUUGUAUUCCUGACAUCUCAACCCUUAAAUCAUCAUCUUGCCUAGCGCUAAAUGAAGUUGUUCCUCAGGUAGAUAGAUAUGUAAAUGAACCUACAGUUUCUACAGGCAAUGCAGUAUCUUUUUCUGUUAAGAUGUCUACAGAUAAUCCUAAAGUUGGUGGUGAUGCAGUUAGUGUAAAUCUUCCGAUGAAUAUAACAACUUCACCAUCCUUGCCCUCGGUCAGUGGUAAACCCAUAGUAUCUAAGUCUUCUUUCCCAGAUGCUUGUAAACCACUCCAAACUUUGAUUUCAGUACCAAGUAGAUCAAAUUUUACCAAUAACAAGGUUAGCUCUGUAGUCCCUAGGGUCUUCUCUAGCAGCCCAUCAGUAAGCUUUACAACUUCACAGAAAGUCACCUUACCUAGACAUGUUGCCAAACCACGGACUUGGCAUCGUACUGGCAGUUCCUCAUCUGUGUCUCAAGUCAGCUCCAUUCGUCCUCAGAGCCAGUCACCAAAUGAGGUUCUGGGCAUGCAGAAUUCUUACAUCCGCAAGGGUAAUGCUCUUGUUAGAAAUUCUUCACGCAUUAGUACCAUGACACCUGGAUACCAUGCUUCAAGUUCCUCUGUUUAUAGACUGAACUCCUCAAGUCUAAAGGAUGUUAAGAAGGUCAAAAGUGAUAAUGUGGUGGAAAUCACUGAACCAACAAGUUGCUUGAAAACUUCUGGACCAAUUACUUCUCUUCAGAGCCUCAACAGUGAACCAUUAAAUUUCAUGCGUACCAAUGUAGGCAAGCCAACAUCUUUGUCAGUAGUGGAUCAGUCUGGGAGCAGCAGUUUGGCUAGAGAACAGGAUGGGUUGGAAGUGACAGCCAUGCCUAGGGUGCAAAAACAUUCUGAGGAUGCUGUCAAUUCUUUCCAGUGUCCACCUGACGCAAUCAACAAAUCAGAGGGUGAGAACACAUUGGAUGGAGGCAAGACUAUAAAUAAGAUGUUAAAUUUGAAGCAAAGAUCAAACCAGCUAGUUACUGCUCGGGACACAACCCCAACGUCAUCUUCUGAUGGCUACUAUUGUAAAAGGAGAAAUAAUCAGCUGGUUCGCACAGGUGCAGAAAACCAUGUUAACUCAAGAGUUCCCGUUGAUGAUAGCUCAAACACAGGGAUGCAAGGGGCUGGGAAGGCUGUCACCAAAAGGCAAAUUGGUUUUCCGGAUGCACAUAAAAGUUCUAAGCUUUCAUUGGUUUGGACGUUAAGUGGUGCACGCUCAUCAAGGGAAGGUGGCAAUUCUUUAAAAAAAUUUCAACCCUACCGGUGCCCAUGGAAAAGAUAUACAAAUAAAUCCCCCCAUGCUUUAGGCUCUAUUCAAAAUAUUGGUUCUCUAUCUGCCAUCAGUCAAAAGCUACUGCUAUCAAGAAAUAGACAUACAGUUUACACAAGGUCAGCCAAUGGACUUUCUUUGCGAAGGUCCAAAGUUUUAAGCGUUGGUGGGACAAGUUUGAAGUGGUCAAAAUCUAUUGAGAGGAACUCAAGAAAAGCUAAUCAGGAAGCUACAUUGGCAGUUGCUGCUGCAGAGAAGAGGAAAAGGGGACAUAACAUUAUUGUCACUUCUAGUUCGAAGAGCAGAAAUAAUGUNGUUUGAAGUGGUCAAAAUCUAUUGAGAGGAACUCAAGAAAAGCUAAUCAGGAAGCUACAUUGGCAGUUGCUGCUGCAGAGAAGAGGAAAAGGGGACAUAACAUUAUUGUCACUUCUAGUUCGAAGAGCAGAAAUAAUGUUUCCCGUAAGUCUUAUAGCAUUACACUUCUCCCAGGCGAGCGGAUUUUCCGUAUAGGUUCUGAACGCUACAGAAUGGAUCCUACAGGGAAAACACUUCAGAGGAUUUCUAGUGGUCUGGUUCUGAUUUGCUGAAUAUGCUCUCUCUCUCUCUCACGCACACACACACACACAACACACACACACACACCUCACCCCAUUUAACUAUAUUUGAGAGCAUGAAAGAGUAUUACUGGUAUCAAGUUUUAUUUCCUGUAGCUUCCGCCUAAGUGUAAUUAGGUGCCACAUACAGGAUGUUUUUUAGGUUGUGUUUGGUGGAGAUAGAAGAAAUAGAGAUGUAAAGUAGGUAGGUUAUAGGUGAAAAUGUAAAAAAGUUAAGCAAGUUUAAGAAAUUGUAAUAGGGAUA